AUGGCCUCUGGCAUAAACAAGAUUCAUCAGUCCGGGACUUGCAAUGGAUCUAAAGCCGCUGGCAACAGCUCAGCGAAGGAAUGCAGCCAGGAAAUGCACAUGAAAAUGUGCAAGAAGAUUGCCCAGCUGACUAAGGUGAUAUAUGCCCUGAACAUUAAGAAUGAUGAACAUGAGGCUAGUAUACAGGCUCUGAGAGAGGCUCAUGAAGAAGAAAUUCAGCACAUUCUUGCUGAGACAAGGGAAACAAUUUUCCAAUGCAAAAGCAAGGUUGAAGAAGAACAAUUGCUGAGAAAACGUAUUCAGGCCCUUGAAAUUGCAGUAGAACAACACAAGAGACUAAAGGAAGAAGCCUUGGCAGAGUUAGCAUUGUGCAAGCAGCAGGCGGAAGAGAGGGAGCCGACAACAGAAGCGAAAAAGGCACUGAAGGUCCUUUCUAUGGACACAGUAGAUGCCAAUGCAGACUUUCAAAACAAGCUUCUACAUUUAAAUCAGGAGUCUGAUGGACUGCUGAAUGAAUACAAAGCAUCUAGGAGAGAAAAUGUAGAUAAAAAAGUAAUUUUAGAUGAAAAAUACAGUGUGAAAGGACAAGAUCUAACAAAUGAGAUGGAAAGCCUGAAGAGUGAGAACCAGAGAGCAACUGAAGAAUAUGCUCAGAAAACAAGCAAACUUCAAGCCUCUUAUGAGAGAGAAAAAGAGAAUUUGAAAAAGGCUAUGCAGCAACCCAUGAUAGCUGAAACGAACAGUUGUGAGCAAAGAGAAGUGGAGCAGAGAAAGAGCUCAGAGGCUGAGGACGGUCUUUUACUGCAGCAGGUAAAGAAGCUGGAGGCAGACCUGGAGGAGAAAAGACAGAAGAUAAAUGAGAGGAAGAAGCAUUCCCAGAAGCUGAAGGAGAGAAUACAGGAGCUCCAGACACAGCUAGAGGAAUUUAAAAGAAAGUCUGAGUGUGAACUAAAGCAACUAGAGAAAGAGAAAGAAGUCCUAACAGGGAAACUUCAAAACUCUUCACUUGAGGUGGCUCAGCUGAAGCAAAUAUUAGACCAACAAGCAAAUAAUUUCAAGGAGUCACUGAAGAAACAUAAUCUACAGUCCAGCAAAGAAAAAGAGAAGCUUUUGCAGGAUCUUCAAAACACUAUUAAAGAAAACCAGAAUGUUAAACUACAGCUGGAGGCAUCACAUCAAAAAGUCUUAAAAAUGUUGGAGAAAAGCAAAAUUCAGGAACUCAAGGAGACAGAAGAACGUUUGAAAAAGGAAUUUGAUGAGACUUUCAAGAUGCAACAUCAGUCUCAUAGGCUGGAAAUACAAACCUUGGAAGAGAAAGCAAAGAAAGAAUUACAUGAUGAACUUGAGCAGAUACAGAAGCAGCAAACCCUGUUGCUAGGAUCUCUAAGGAUGGAACUCUCUGAGCAACAGACAUCGUGCACUAAUCUCAAGAAACAGAUAGAAGAACUCCAAAUGGAGCUGAGGAGUGUGAGGACACUGAAGAAGCAACAGGAAGGAAGUAGCCAGAGCCAGAUCAGAUCUCUUCAUGAUGAAUUGGAAAAAUGUCAGAGUGAAAUUUCUGAACUCAGGAAAGAGAAUUUACUUUUGAAGGACACAAUGGAGCUACUCAGCGCCGAGUUGGAGUCACAGAAGCAAGAAGCUGCACAGCUUCAGGAUAGGGAGAAACUGCACAGAAGACUUAAAGAAUUAGAAGAAAAGUCAAGAAAGUGGGAGUCCAGAUCAGAAGAUACACACCUUAUAAGCUGCCUGCAAGACAAAUUAAGUGAGAGAGAAGAGAUUAUCAAGCAGCUGGUGGAAGGAAGAAAAUUUCAGCAUUCAGUUUUAGCUAACACUGAAUCUUAUAGGAAUCGAUCAUUUUCUUUCAACCCUAAUACAGGAUGCUUGACUCCUUCCAUGAAGCAGCAGAAGAAAAUGGUUGAGGUGCCCAGUCGUGUUGUCAGUGUUCCGAAUCUAGCUUCCUACGCAAAGAGCUUUCUGAGCUGUGACUUGAGAUCAAAAAGAAGUGCUCCUCAGAUAACAAAAUCUACAAGCUUAGACCGGAGUCCUGGCUGCCUCAGGGUGGGCUCUCCAGCAGCACAGUCCUCAGACAUCAGUGCUGCAACAAGGACACAUGACAAUGAACCGCCACAAACCAAAGAUGACCAAAAACAAGACACUAAGCAUCAAGAAUGGUUUACUAAAUAUUUUUCAUUUUAA